AUGGUGUCUUCAUUCACUAGCAAGAGCUUUCAAAGAGCCUUCUCAUCUGCAGCUACCACACUGAGACAAUGGAGAUUAGUUGAAACGAGAAAAGUGGCUAAACAACCGGAAUACCACAUAGGUGAUGCCAAACCAUUGUAUAUCCCAAAGAGAAGGAAAGAGGCACCCGAUUACAAAUAUGGAGAGUCCAAUAUCUUCAAGCAAAGUAACAAAGGUUUAUACGGAGCCUCAUUCGUUCAAUACGGGAACAACAUCUCCGAGAGUAAAACAAAGACAAGAAGAAGAUGGCUACCCAACGUGAUUAAAAAGGGUCUAUGGAGUGAAACUUUGGAAAAGAAGAUCAGUAUCAAGAUGACUGCAAAAGUGUUGAGAACCAUAAGUAAAGAAGGUGGUAUCGAUAAUUACUUGAUCAAGGAUAAAUCUGCAAGAAUCAAAGAAUUGGGACCCACUGGAUGGAAACUUCGCUAUCAAGUAAUGAAAAAAAUGGAGUGCAGAAACCAUCCACCACACAAAGACGCACCUCUAGUUGAAACCCCCAACGGUGAUAAAGUAAAAGUUUACUACGAGGAAAUUAUUGGCGGAAGUCCACUAAAGAUAACCGUUGGUAGAAGAAGAUUGAUGCAAUUAUUAUUCCCACUUGAAAAACUCGAAUUGAAAGCCGAUAAGAAAGAAUUGAACUAUAAGAAAUUCGUAGACGACCACAGAAAUGCAUCCAUAAGUGAAAUUGUCAGUAAACUACAACAAUACGGACUCGAUAUUUCAACUAUAACCGUAUAG